AGGCGUUUCAGCGUGGCUCGGCUCUCGUCACUGGACUUCAACUUGGGGACCUGAACCUCACAGAUCGCCAAUGCUAACAAGGAACUGCCUGCUGCUGUUCCUUUGGGUUCUUGUUGACGAAGGCUCAGUCUCUUCUUUGCAUCCACCCUCGGCGGCACUGGGACGGAGCAGGCUGGCGCGGGAGCACGCCAGGGGUUCGGUGGGCCCGAUGAGGAAUGGGGCGGCUGGAUUUCAGCGGGUCAAAAGGGGCUGGGUGUGGAACCAGUUCUUUGUGCUGGAGGAGUACAUGGGGUCGGACCCGCAGUACGUGGGCAAGCUGCACACUGACCUCGACGGGGGGGACAAUGCGGUGAAGUACACUCUCUCGGGAGACGGCGCUGGCUCCAUUUUCACAAUUGACCAAACGACCGGGGACAUCCAUGCCUUAAGGAGCCUUGACAGGGAGGAGAAGCCUUACUACACCCUUCGCGCCCAGGCCGUCGACAUCGACACCAACAGGCCCCUGGAGCCGGAAUCCGAGUUCGUCAUCAAGGUUCAAGACAUAAACGACAACGAGCCAAAGUUUCUGGAGGGCCCGUACACGGCCACUGUCCCCGAGAUGUCCCCAGUAGGGGCGUAUGUGACCCAAGUGACAGCCACGGAUGCAGAUGACCCUACGUAUGGAAACAGUGCCAGAGUGGUAUACAGCAUCCUGCAUGGCCAGCCCUACUUCUCUGUCGACCCUAAAACAGGUGUUAUAAAGACGGCCUUGCCCAAUAUGGACAGAGAGGUGAAGGAGCAGUACCAGGUAUUAAUCCAGGCCAAGGACAUGGGGGGCCAGCUCGGGGGGCUGGCCGGGACCACCUUCGUCAACAUCACCCUCAGCGACGUCAACGACAACCCGCCCAGGUUCUCCAAAAGUUUCUUCCACCUGCGGGUUCCAGAGUCUUCGUCCGUGGGGUCCGCCGUGGGCAGGAUCAAAGCCCACGACUUGGACAUCGGGAGGAACGCCGAGGUGGAGUACACCAUCGUGCCGGGGGACGGGGGCGCCAUGUUUGACAUCACCACCAACGACCACAACCAAGAGGGGAUCAUCAUUCUCAAAAGGCACCUGGACUACGAAAGCAAGAAGGCGUACACCUUUAGGGUCGAUGCCACCAAUUCUCACCUGGAUCCACGAUUCCAAAGCUUCGGGGCCUUCAAAGACACGGCGACGGUGAAGAUUAACGUUUUGGAUGUGGACGAGCCCCCGGUGUUCAAUAAGCCCUCGUAUGUGAUGGACGUGUACGAGGACACGCCCGCGGGCACCAUCAUCGGCGCGGUGACGGCGCAGGAUCUCGACGCCAGCGGCAGUCCGGUCAGGUAUUCCAUUGACUGGAAGAGCGACAUGGACAGCUACUUCGACAUCGAUCCGGUGGAGGGAACGAUUUCCACCAACGAGCUGCUGGACAGAGAGAGCAUCGCCCGGCACAACAUCUCCAUCGUGGCCACCAAACUCAACAGUCCGGUCCUGACCAGCCGGGUGGCCGUCGCCGUCAACGUGCUCGACAUCAACGAGUUCCCGCCGGAGCUCGCCAAUCCCCACGAGACCUUCGUUUGUGAAAACGCCAAAGUGGGACAGGUGAUUCAGACUUUCAGUGCAAAAGACGAGGAUCUACCGACUGCUGGACAACAAUUCUCCUUCAGAUCACCAAAGGAAGACAUAAAAAACAAGAACUUCACCAUCCGGGACUUUGGAAACAACACAGCUGGGAUUGUGACAAAGCGGAACGGCUUCCGACGGCGUUUGCAGGAGAUCUACCUCCUUCCCGUGGUGAUCGACGACAACGGCUACCCGCCCAAGAGCAGCACCGGCACCCUGACCGUCCGGGUGUGUGGCUGCGAGUCCAACGGCUCGCUGCUGACCUGCAGCGCCGAGGCCAUCUUUCUCCCCGUGGGUCUCAGCACAGGAGCUCUGGUGGCCAUCCUUCUGUGCAUCAUCAUCCUGUUAGUAAUCGUGGUGCUCUACGUGGGCCUGAGGCGGCAGAAGAAAAAAGAAACCCUGAUGUCGUCCAAGGAGGACAUCCGGGACAACGUGAUCCACUACGACGACGAGGGCGGCGGCGAGGAGGACACGCACGCGUUCGACAUGGGGACCCUGCGCAACCCGAAGGUCGUCAAAGAGAACCUGUUCCGCCGGGACGUCAAGCCCGAGACGAAGCGGGGCCCCAGGCCGCCCGCGUCGCAGGACAGCGCCGACAUGCGGGACUUCAUCGCCGAGCGCCUGAGGGAGCACGACGUGGACAACGCGGCGCCGCCCUACGACUCGCUGGCCACGUACGCCUACGAGGGCGGCGGCUCCGCGGCCGAGUCGCUCAGCUCCAUCGGCUCGGCCGCCGCCGCCGCGGGCCCCGGGGAGGACUACGACUACCUGGAGGACUGGGGGCCCCGCUUUAAGACACUGGCGGGGAUAUUUGGGGAGCAGUCGGAAACUCGGUCGGACUUCGCCACCACAGAGAAUACGCAGUGAUUCACGGACUCGGAAAGCAAAUAUGUAACAGUGGUCUCUAAGUUGGUGUCGCACACAAACACACACACCUUGUUUCCGUUUACCCUCUUGGUAUCUGUGCUCAUCUUUUUCCACUGGUUUCUAUUUCAUUUUGGUACUUUUACCUGCUCGGUCCCAAAAUUGUAAAAAAAUAAAAAAGAAGGAACACGGGGGGGGGGGGGGGGGGGAAACGCUCUCAGACGAGCAGCUUUCAGUUGAAUGUUCUUCACUAACGUUUGGUUUCUUGUUGGGGAAAACGCACACACACACACACACACACACUCGGAGAUGUUAUCAUUUCCUUCAACAUCCUUAAAAGUGCCUCAAUAUAAUUGUUCUUUCACUUGCUAUUUCAUGCCACACAUCAAGUGUUGUACCUUCGACCCCCCCCCCCAGGUUAGGCUCAUUCGGUCAGCAUGUUGUGCUCUGACUGCAGCUUCUACCCAACGUCAACUGUGUGGGGACAAUGACGUGGCCGCAGUUUGGCCAAAGAUGUUUUGAAUGUUAUUUAUUGUUCUAUUUAUUUAUUGACUGAGUUUGAUUGAAUUUUGUGUAUUUAUCUAUUUAUCUCUCAAUCAUCGACCUGUAUUUUUUAUUUUUGGAGACACUCGAGCAAUUUUGUAAGUAAAAAGGCCCGUAUGAAAGUGUAUGUUUCUGUUAGAUGGGUCCUGUGAAUAGACUUGUACUAGAGUUGAAAAAAAACGAGAAAAAAAAAAAAAAACAUUAGGGCUCAAUCCUGCAGUUCAGUCAUGUAAUAAACACAGUUUUCUUAAAUAAACCACUCUUCGAACAAAAUCCCUUUCUUUGUU